UCUCUUGAGCCGGCAGCUUUAUUAGUAAGCGUUUCCCAAUCUUCAGGGAAAUCUAAUUUCACAAAUAGAUCAGAGUCACUUCAAACGCAGCUUUCAGUUGCCAUCCACCGGGGGCCAAACGGGGAGGAGGAAGUUUGUCAGAAAAGACCUUCUCUGAGCCCAAGAGUGAUUACCAGAGGUUUCUCCAUCGACCGCCACCCACCUAAAGUCGAUACUACUCAAAUGAGUACGCCGGUGCGCACUAUAUAAGAGAAGCGCAUGGCCCUGGAGGGCGCAUCCCCCAUCUCCGGGCGCAGCACCGAGCGCCCCGCUCCGCGCUCGGCGGAGCCUCCGCGGGGACAGGGGCUCACCGACGGCGGCACGGCACCUCGCCGCUCAGCCCGCACGCACUCAGCCGGACUCGCCUCCGCCUGAAGCGCCGCAGAGAUGCGAGGGGCGAAGAAGCGCCAGGCGCUGCCCGCCAUCGUGCUCCUGCUGCUGGCCUCGGCCCCGCCGCCCCCGGGCGCCGAGGGCAGGACCGUGCCCGCCGCCGGAGCUGAGCGGGGGGCGCUCCUCGACAUCCUCCUCCAAGCCCUGGGCGACGACGGCCGCCCGCUGCCGCCCCGCCCGCCGCGGAGGGACCGGGUGAUCUCCCGGCGCUACAGCGGCGGCGGCGCCCCGCAGACAGAGCCCCGCGCCGCCGCCGCCGCCCCUCGGCCACCCCUCGCCAACGCCGCCGCCCCGCCGCCCCCGCGGCUCUUCGUCGCCGCCCGGCACGGAGAAAUUUUUCCAAGAGAUUCCAGUCUAAAAGACAAGUUCAUAAAACACUUUACAGGGCCAGUCACAUUUUCAUCAGAGUGUAGCAAGCACUUUCAUCGACUGUAUCACAACACAAGGGACUGCUCAACGCCAACCUAUUACAAAAGGUGUGCAAGGUUGCUAACAAGAUUAGCAAUGAGCCCUUUGUGUACACAGUCCUAGGAUGUUUGCUAUACUUUCUACCACGGAGAGAAUUCUGAUUUGCCAAGAAAGUGCCUUGAAAUCUUCAAAAAUGGAGAAGACGUCUUUUACCUUUUUGAUUUACAACAUUUUGUUACUAGAUGCAUUUUAUUUUCAUAUAUUUGUUGGACAUUCCAUAUUUGUGUGAAACAUUAUUUUAUUUUGUAAAUUUGUUGCCUGUAGUUCAGACAAGCCAAUUAUUUAAAUACAUUGUAUAUAAGGAAUACUAAUGAUAUACUGAUUAAAUGUUAUAACCAUAUGCAGGGAGCUGGUAAAAUUUUGCUGUUUCUCUUGUUCCAUUGUAUUUACAUUGUUCUGCUCAGGCUCUUACUCUCAUUAUUUGCACUAACUUGAAAUGCAGAAGUCUAUGUAACUGAAAUCUGAAUAAGCUGUAAGUGGGGAAGUUUUACUUGCCAUGGAAGAUAUUUUAUAUUAUGAAGCUUUGUUAAUAUAUACAUAUAUAUUAUUGCACAUCGGAAAAAAUUUGCUCAGAAAUGCACCUUGCUUUCAGGAACAUUUGUAUGACUAUUCUGGAUUUUCAUCGGUUACAUUUGUACUGGCACUUAUGGAAAGAGUUGCAAAUAAUGUAAAUAUAAAGACUGGAAAACUGCAAUGCAGUUUUGGUGGAAUAAAGAACAUAAAAAUAAA